AUGUCUCGCUCCUCCAAAGAUAGUCAAGGAAUAGACAGUUCUCUAUCCCCCAAUGAACCUUUUGAUCCUUCUUCUGUAGUAACAGUACCAGAUCCAGCUACGGAAACAGGUAAGAGUCCAACAUUAAAGGACAUGAUGACAGCCAUUCAAGCCCUUGGUCAACGGGUAAAAUCCCUUGCAGAGGAUAGGGAUAAAUUGUGGUCUAAUGUGAGAGAUCUUAAAGUGGCUAGUGAUACAAAAAGUCAUGUGGAGACAUCUUCAGUGGAAAUAGAUUAUUAUGUAUAUAAGCUAGAACACUGUGGUCCUGGUAUUGAGGAACUGGAAGAAAGUGAGGAAGAGAUUCCUGCUGCUACCCAUUGGAUGUUGCCCGCGCUUGAAUUUGAAGACCUGUGGGAGAAUCUAGUAUAUGAUGAGCCAAUUAAAGAACAGUUGUUAAGAUUUGUCCGAACAUCACUCCUUUUUUCAAAGAAAGGCUUAAAAAGCAGCGUCAUAACAUGGAACAAAGUUGUCCUUUUGCAUGGUCCUCCUGGAACAGGAAAGACAUCACUUUGCAAGGCACUGGCACAGAAGUUAAGCAUAAGAAUGAACAAGCAGUAUAAGUGUGCACAAAUACUGGAAAUCAAUUCACACUCGCUCUUUUCCAAGUGGUUCUCAGAGACAUCUGUUUACAGAGUGGAAAAACUAGUCCAGAAGAUGUUCAAUAGAAUUACAGAAUUAGUUGAAGAUCCUGAAUCACUGGUGCUGCUUCUCAUUGAUGAAGUAGAAAGUUUAACAUUAGCAAGACGGUCAGGACAAUCUAAUGGGGACCCAAGUGAUGCUGUUCGGGUAGUUAAUGCUGUUUUGACACAACUAGACCAGAUUAAAAAGUUCCCUAAUGUCCUUAUUCUGACCACUUCCAAUAUAUCAGCAUCUGUUGACUUGGCUUUUGUUGAUAGAGCUGAUAUUAAACAGUACAUUGGGCCGCCGUCACAUGCUGCCAUUUAUCAGAUUUAUCACACAUGUAUUCAGGAGCUUGAAAGGACUGGUAUUAUUGUGGAUAAUGAGAAGAUUUUCACACUUCAAGAACUCCAGGUGUCUAAUAUGAUUGAAAAUGAUGCAACAAAAUUAUCAAUAUUUUUAUGGAAGAUAUCUGAGAUGAGUCAAGGCUUCAGUGGCAGAGUUUUACGAAAAAUUCCAUUUUUAGCUCAUGCACUCUUUGCAAGUUUGGACCAAAUGUCUCAUGAACAGUUCCUUAUGGCUAUGCAGAAGGCAGUUUUAAAGGAAAAACAAGAUAGAAGAGAUUUACGAGAAUGAAAUGGCAAAAUAUCUAUACUACUUAAUAUUUGUUUUAAUGAAAGUGACUAUAUUUUUUUAGUAAAGAUAGAGGAUAUUUUUAAAAUUUUGUACAGGAAUAUUUUUUUUAUAUUGUGACUGUCUAUUAGAAUACAAAACAAUACUUCAACUUCCUUAGAAAUGCAUAUUUUAUUCCUGCAGACAUUAUUAGGAUAUACAUUAUUUAUUCAUUAGUAGCAUUAUAAGUAUGUAAGUUACUGAGAUAUAUUACAGUACAUAUAAAAAACCACCAAGUUUUCCUAUAUUUAUUAUAAUAAUAUUUCAAAUAUAGAAAAUGUGUAUAUUGUAGUUACAGUAUUCUAAAUCAUCAAAAUCUACUCAUAAGCAUCCCAUUAUUAUUAUUAUUUUAGGAGCCAGGAACACCAUUUUUUGUAGAUUAAUGUGAGUAAAUUAUCAUUAAACUUCAGAAUUCUGUAGCUUGCACAGGCCACUGCUCCCUUUGUCAGAAGAAAUGCAAGUAAAGAUUACUAGAGACUAAA